GGCAGCGCUCACUCGCGCAGUCCCCGCGCAGGGCCGGGCAGAGGCGCAGAGCAGCUCCCCGGGCGGCCCCGCUCCAGCCUCCCUCCUCACUCGCGAUGGCUUCUCCUUCCAAGGCGAAGGAGGUUUUCUCCUCCGACGAGGAGGGCCCGGCGGCCGGCGCCGAGGAGCACCACAAAGUCAAGGUGUCCAGCUUGCCGUUCAGCGUGGAAGCCCUCAUGUCCGACAAGAAACCUCCCAAAGAAACCCCCCCGCUGGCCUCGGCGGGGAGCAGCGCCGACGGGGCGGCGGUGGGCACCUCCAGGAACCUGCUGCUGACGGGCCACGGCUCCCGGGACGCGCACAGCCCCCCCGGGGCGCUUACAAAAACCUUCGACACCGCUUCGGUCAAAUCGGAGAACUCGGAGGACGGCACGUCCUGGAUCCAAGAGGCCGGGAGAUACUCCCCUCCGCCAAGACACCUGAGCCCCACUGCCUGCACCCUGAGGAAGCACAAGACGAAUAGGAAGCCCCGAACCCCGUUCACCACUUCCCAGCUGCUGGCCCUGGAGCGCAAGUUCCGCCAGAAGCAGUAUCUGUCCAUCGCCGAGAGAGCAGAGUUCUCCAGCUCCCUCAACCUCACAGAGACCCAGGUCAAAAUCUGGUUCCAGAAUCGGAGGGCCAAGGCCAAGAGACUGCAGGAGGCUGAGCUAGAAAAGCUCAAAAUGGCAGCAAAGCCCAUGUUGCCGUCAGGGUUCAGCCUCCCUUUCCCCAUCAACUCUCCCAUCCAGGCUGCCUCACUGUAUGGAACAUCCUACCCUUUUCACAGACCUGUGCUUCCUAUCCCACCUGUUGGACUCUAUGCUACUCCUGUUGGAUAUAGCAUGUACCACUUAUCCUAAGAAGAUCAGAAAGACAAAGCGACAGUGAGACAGACUUCCUGGUGGAUCAUGUCCAACCCUGAGAAGACAGUACCCCAACCAGUACUGGCCGCUCUUUCUGCACGCUUCUAUUUGCCAUCCUGAGUGUACAGGAGUUUGCAUUAGCAAAGCAAGGCAUCCUGUAUACUAUGGGUUGGGUGUCUUCUGAGAGUGCUCUGAGUGCUCAGAGUUUGAGCCUCAAAGAAAAAAAAUAUUAAAAAACAAACAAAAAGAAAAAACAUUUGAGCAAAUGUAGGGGUUUUAUACAGUGCAAGUAAAACUAGAAUAAAAAGGAAUGGGUGAAAAAGCAAUCUCAUCUCAUGGAGGCAGAGAUUUCCCAACACCUUCCUGAUGGGAACUAACACAUGUUUAAAGUAAGAGGGGUGCAUGACCUAAACCCACAUUCUCAAGUGUCAUCAAUUAAUAUGGGGGCAGGAGGGUGGGAAAUAAAAUGGUAUGAUCAAGGUUUUGUUGUUUU